UCCAUUCUCACAAAAGCUGUUCUGACAGCCCUACAUAGGAUAUGUUCGCCUUUCCAAAGGAAAAACAGAGAUAGAAUCCUACCUAUCUAGCAUGGCGACCGGCGACGAGUCGGAGACGGCGGUGCGGGCGUCUGAGGAGUUGCGGGACUGGUCCGACAUGACGCCAGUGUGUCUUGCCGAAGCGUUCUCGCGGCUGGCGCUGGAGGACCUGUGGCGCGGCGCCAUGCCGUGCUGUCGCUCCUGGCGGGACGCCGCGCGCUCGCGCCCGGGACUCUUCGCGGUGCUUGACCUCGAGCCCGGGUUUGCUGAGUCCACACCUGGCGCCGAGGCGGCAGCGUGGUGGACGCCCUCCUUCCAGCGCCGUGUCGACGCCAUGGUGCGCUCCGCCGCCACGUUCGCCGUGGGGGAGCUGUGUGAGAUCCAUGUCCGCCACUGUUCCGACGACGCGCUCGCCUUCGCCGCCGAGAGGAGAAUCAGAUUAUCUGAAAUGAUGCGUAUGCAAUUGGAUGCACCUCCCUAAGCAAAAUUUCUGGAUCGCAAAACAGGGGAUGUGAUUGGGACUGGCCGUCGCCGUAAAUCUUCGCCUCGCCUUUACAUCUUGGACACCUUGCGCCUUCCUUCAUCCCCUACAACUACACCUCAUGUGCUCGCUGCUUCGGGCCCCACGACGUCAUUCGCCCAGUGGCAUCAUCGUCUAGGUCACUUAUGUGGAUCCCGUCUGUCUACUCUAAUAAAGUCAGGAUGUUUAGGCUCUACUCAUGUUGAGUCUAGUUUUCAUUGUAAAGGUUGUCAUCUUGGAAAACAAAUACAACUUCCAUAUUUUACUAGUAAUUCCCAUUCUGCUAAACCUUUUGAUCUAAUUCACUCUGAUGUUUGGGGUCCAGCUCCGUUUGUUUCUAAAGGUGGUCAUAAAUAUUAUGUCAUUUUUAUUGAUGAUCAUUCUCGUUAUACUUGGCUUUACUUCAUGAAACGUCGCUCGGAAUUGCCUUCUAUUUACAAGUCCUUCACUCGCAUGGUUCACACCCAGUUUUCUGCUACUAUUAAAGUUUUUCGUUCAGAUUCUGGUGGUGAAUUCCUAUCUGAUCAUUUUCGCCAGAUAUUGACCAUAGAGGGUACUCUAGCUCAACUUUCUUGUCCUGGUGCUCAUGCCCAAAAUGGUGUUGCUGAACGCAAACACCGUCAUAUUAUUGAGAGUGCUCGUACUCUUUUGAUAUCUUCUUUUGUGCCUUCACACUUUUGGAGUGAAGCUGUUUCCACUGCCGUGUAUCUCAUUAAUAGACAACCUUCAUCAAAACUUUCUGGUAAAUCACCGGGUGAAGUUCUUUUUGGGACUUCUCCACGAUAUGAUCAUCUUCGAGUGUUUGGAUGUAUAUGCUAUGUCUUGUUACCACCACAUGAGCGGACUAAAUUGACUGCUCAAUCUGUAGAGUGUGUAUUCCUUGGAUACAGUCCUGAACACAAAGGCUAUCGUUGUUAUGAUCCAUCUACUCGUCGUAUUCGGAUUUCUAGAGAUGUGAGUUUCAAUGAAAAUCGCCCCUUCUUUCACAACCAGUCUACUCACUCCACCUAUUAUCCCACAGAAUCUACUUCUUUCAUGUGUCUUCCUUCCAUUCCUCCAUCUGAACCAUCAUCUUCUACAUCCACAUCUGAUAUUCUCAUUCCCAUAACACCACCUUCCACCUCCACGUCAUCCACCUCUUUCUCUUCCAAACCACCUAUCAUCCAAACCUACAUUCGUCGUUCCCGCUCUAUCCCUACGGCUGGUCCUGAUACUGAUCCUGUACCUGAGUCUUGUACUAACAACUCUGAGUCUAAUGAUGUUUUUAAUCAGGGAUAUCGUCUUCGUGAUCGUGGUACUAUUGAACCUCCAGAUCGUUAUGGUUUCCCUCGGACUGCUGUGGCAAUUGUUGAACCCACUACUUAUCAGGAAGCUUCUGGGAUUCUUGAGUGGCAGCUAGCAAUGAUUGAUGAAUUGGCUGCUCUUGAACGCACUGGUACAUGGGAUAUUGUUCCUUUACCCUCACAUGUUGUUCCUAUCACAUGUAAAUGGGUCUUCAAAGUUAAAACAAAAUCCGAUGGUUCCAUUGAGAGGUAUAAAGCUCGUCUUGUGGCUCGUGGUUUCCAACAGACUCAAGGACUUGAUUAUGAUGAGACUUUUGCACCUGUUGCACAUAUGACUACUGUUCGAACCUUGAUUGCAGUUGCAGCCUCAUCUUCUUGGACUAUCUCCCAGAUGGAUGUUAAGAAUGCUUUUCUCAAUGGUGAUCUACAUGAAGAAGUUUAUAUGCAUCCUCCUCCGGGGGUUGAUACUCCAUCAGGGCACGUUUGUCGUCUCCGUCGUGCAUUGUAUGGGCUGAAACAAGCUCCUCGUGCUUGGUUUGAGAGAUUCAUCUCUGCCAUCACAGCUGCUGGUUUUUCUUCUAGUGAACAUGAUCCUGCAUUGUUCGUUCAUGUCUCUCCAAAAGGCCGCACUUUACUUCUAUUAUAUGUGGAUGAUAUGCUGAUUACAGGCGAUAACUCAGAACAUAUUUCUCAUGUCAAGCAGCAUCUUAGUAAGGAAUUUCAGAUGUCUGAUUUGGGUCCACUUAGCUAUUUCUUGGGCAUUGAAGUUCAGCAGACUCCAAAAGGUUUUUACCUGUCGCAGUCCAAGUAUAUACAAGACCUUCUUGAUCGCUCUGGAAUUACUGAUACUCGCACAGCUGCAACACCAAUGGAUAUUCAUUUAAAACUUCGUCCGAAGGAUGGGACACCUCUAGCAGACCCCACUCGAUAUCGUCAUAUUGUGGGUAGUCUUGUUUAUCUCACCAUCACCAGACCUGAUAUUGCUCAUGCUGUUCAUAUGUUGAGUCAAUUUGUAUCUACACCAACUUCAGUUCAUUAUGGUCAUUUGCUUCGGGUGCUUCGAUAUUUACGUGGGACACGAUCCAGAUGUUUACUCUAUGCUUCUGAUAGCCCCCUUCGGCUACAUGCGUAUUCUGAUGCCACUUGGGCAAGUGAUCCUGUUGAUCGUUGUUCUACUACUGGUUACUGUAUUCUUCUUGGAUCCUCUCCUAUUGCUUGGAAAUCCAAGAAGCAAGCGGCCAUAUCUCGUUCCAGUGCGGAAGCCGAACUUCGUGCUCUUGCUACUACCACUGCUGAAAUUAUUUGGCUCCGCUGGCUAUUGGCUGAUCUUGGUGUCUCUUGUGACACUCCUACACCUCUGUUAUGUGAUAACUUGAGUGCUAUACAGAUUUCUCAUGAUCCAGUGAAGCAUGAACUUACUAAACACAUUGGUGUUGAUGCAUCAUUUACUCGGUCUCAUUGUCAGCAGAAGACUAUUGAUCUUCAAUAUGUACCCUCAGAAUCUCAAUUAGCAGAUUUCUUCACCAAAGCACAAACAAGAGCACAACAUCAGUUCCACUUGAUCAAACUCAAUGCUUCAGAUCCUCCAUUUCCACAUUGAGUUUGAGGAGGGGUGUUAAGGCCCAUUAGGCCCAGGUCUACUGCCUAUAUAUAUAUUAUAUAGUCCUUAGGGACUAAUCAUCAUUUGUCAAUCCUAAGGUUAGUAACAUACAUGAUAUUUAUGUCUCCCUCUUCUGCCCAAGGGCCCUCCUCGAUAACUCUCUCCUUGAAAGUUUGGGCCACAUCCCCUUUAAGCUUCCACCACUUUGUUCUAGUGACCUUGUUAUGCUUAUUCCGUUGUAAACGAAUCUUAAAACGGAAGU